UAGUUUGUGGGGUCUACUCCCUUUGGAAACAUCAAAGCAAACUUGUAUUCAGUAAAGCAAGGGGGACAGAAUAAGGGCGAUGGCACUUGGGUGUCAAAAGCGAAGACCGCUUUAGCAAAACACAUUAUUGCUAAGAAUGAAAAGAGAUGGUGUGAAGUAGAGAAAGGAUAAGGAGCAGAGGAGGAGGAGAGAGAGGCAGGCUAGGUCAGCUAUGAUUGAAGUAGGGAGUGAAUUAGUGAAAGGAAAGAAAGUGGAGCUAGUAGGGUAGCAGGGCAGGAAAAGAAAGAAGAUAUCAAAUGAGAUACAGAAGCAGCCUAAGCGAACUGAUAUUGGAAAGUGUCUACAGCACAGAAUAGCUUCCAGGAGGAUUCAAGGACAAACCUUCUCUUCAGGGAGACAAGGCCUCAGCGUUCUGGUGAAGUCCGAAUCAUGGACCCAUACCUUGUCCCAGGAUCCCUUUAGCUGCCAGUCCUGCCAUGGAGAAGCUACUGCCUUUGCCAGCAGGGGAUGACGAGCCCGUUGUGCCUUGUGAGGGGCGUCCUCAUAAAGACUGCUGUGAACGGGUUGUGAUCAAUGUUUCAGGCCUACGUUUUGAGACUCAAGUGAAGACCUUGCGCCAGUUCCCUAACACACUUUUGGGUGACCCGCGGCGACGGCAGCACUACUAUGACCCCCUGCGCAAUGAGUACUUCUUUGACCGCAACCGGCCCUGCUUUGACUCGAUCUUGUAUUAUUACCAGUCUGGAGGGCGGCUCCGGCGGCCAGCCAAUAUUCCCAUUGAUGUUUUCCUGGAGGAACUCAAGUUUUAUCAACUGGGGGAUGAUGCUCUCACCAAGUUCCGUGAUGAUGAAGGCUUCAUUAAGGAAGAAGAGCAGCCCAUGCCAGACAGGGCAUUCCUCAAGCAAGUAUGGCUGCUUUUUGAACAUCCAGAAACUUCCCAGGCAGCCCGUAUCAUUGCCAUCAUCUCUGUGAUGGUCAUCCUUAUCUCCAUUGUGAUCUUCUGCCUGGAGACCUUGCCUGAAUUUCGGGAUGACAGAGACAUAUCAUUGCCAUCUGUUCAUCACCGUUUGAACAACAGCGGCCCUUAUACUGUACCAACAAAGUCUCAUGGGGAUCCCUUCUUCAUCGUAGAGACUAUCUGCAUCUGCUGGUUCUCCUUUGAGCUCCUUGUGCGGUUCAUAGCCUGUCCAAGCAAGCCAGCCUUUUUCAAGAACAUAAUGAACAUGAUUGAUUUUGUGGCAAUAAUCCCUUACUUUGUAGCCCUUGGCACUGAGUUUGCACAGCAGCGUGGUGUAAGCCAGCCUGCCAUGUCUUUGGCAAUCCUCAGGGUCAUCCGUCUGGUGAGGGUCUUCCGAAUCUUCAAGCUUUCCAGGCACUCCAAGGGCUUGCAGAUCUUGGGCCAGACACUCAAGGCCAGCAUGAGGGAGCUCGGUUUGCUCAUCUUCUUCCUCUUCAUUGGAGUCAUCCUCUUCUCAAGCGCUGUCUACUUUGCUGAAGCUGACCAUGAUGACACAAACUUCACCAGCAUCCCUGCAGCCUUCUGGUGGGCUGUGGUCACCAUGACAACUGUGGGUUAUGGUGACAUGUACCCAGAGACCAUGGGUGGCAAAAUUGUCGGUUCUCUGUGUGCCAUUGCUGGAGUACUCACCAUCUCCUUGCCAGUGCCUGUCAUUGUCUCCAACUUCAGCUACUUCUAUCACCGUGAGACAGAGUGUGAAGAACAAGGCCAAUACAUCCAUAUCACGACUUGUCCAUACACCCCACCACCAUCCCCGGCUGCCAUCCGGGAAAGGGCUCACCUCAAGGAGAAACAUGAACACAAGGACACGCUUUCUGUGCCUAAUUCGGAAUUGCUUGAUGGCAUGGUGCCCAUGGGCAACUCAGAAGUGCCCAACAAACGCCUUGUGACCCAAGUGUGACUACCAGAUCCAUUCAUCCAAACAACCAUCCCUUCACACCUUGACCCAACCUUCCCUGCACCUCAGCAUCUUUAAUUGGAAGGCAAUGCUGCAGCAUAAUAAGUCAAUUAGCUAUAAAGACUGCUCUCUAGUUGAGCUUAAAAAGCCAGAGACAAUAAUAGGUUCAAGAGAGAACUUUUAACACCAAUUUUGGAAAGAGGACUGGAGAGAGACAGCCACAUCCCUAAAUUUGGGAUGGGGGCAAGUCAUGGUAGGUUGUCACUAAAGCAGACACAUAGCGAGAGAGAGAGAGAGAGAGAGAGAGAGAGAGAGAGAGAGAGAGAGAAGGAGUCAUGUGGACUACAUUGCAAGGGGACAGUUCCACAAACAUGCAUGUGCAUACCCACGCACCCUAUUGCUCUGUUCCUUCUUUGGUUGAUUUAGGGUUCAGCCAAUCCAGAAAAAGGACCUCCUCUCUGCUUCUUUUAUUCCCUGCUCUGGUCAGUGACCCAUCUUCCUCCAAUGACUCAAAAGAUCCCUCGGCAUGAAGAUGCCUUCAUGAAGUCACAGCGAUGUGUUCUUAGGUUACAUCUCCUGGAGCGCACUAUGGAACAUACCCAGAGCAAUCAGGCCCCAAAUAGAAAGAGUGGGGAUAAAUAAGGGAACGUAACCAGCCAACCACUUUGGAAUCAGGGUAUCACAGGGAACACAGUCACCAUACUCAGGGCGCACUGUAAAUACAUCUCCAAAAUGAGGCAAGCUGCUUCAAAAGAACUAUCCACCUCUUUGUCUCCCAGGUCAUGCUUGCUGCAGGUCAUGAAAACAAGCAACAGGACUCCAUUUUGUUAGGAAUUUCACAGGACAUGUGUUAAUUCUGCAGGCUGCAAUGAAGCUUAUGUAACAUACUUUUUAAGUUUUGCUUUUUGACAGACUAUUUCUCAGACUUAAUACAAAAGUCCUCCCCAAGCAAUAAAUAUGAAUAAUGUUACCAUCUCCUCUCUCCCAGGAGGCCCCCCUCACAAACUCAGGUCAACCUUUCAGUCCCUAUCUACCAUUAGGCACGGUGAGGCAGCCUAGAUCAUGUUACUGAUCUGAGGAUACAAUUUAGGGCUGGCCCUACCAUUAAGUAGGGUGAGGCAGCCUGGAUCAUGUUACAGAUCGGAGAAUGCAAUUCAUGAAUGUCCCUACCAUUAGGCAGGGUAGGACAACCUGGAUCAUAUUACAGAUCUGAGGAUACAAUUCAGGGCUGGCCUUACCAUAGAUGGAGUGAGGCAACUGCCUCAGACUACUCGUUUGGGGUAUCAUGACAGGGCAAGCAAAUUGUUAUUUAAUUUAUUUUUUUUUAUAUUUACUGCCUCAGGUGCCACAAUAACUUGAAAGGCCUCAGGUACUAUGCACCGUAAUGAGUGGUGGAGCACCAUUAGUUGCUCCACCUCAGGCAUCAACACAUUUUGGGCCUACCAUGGAUCCAGCAGUGGCUAAUCCAUUAUUUAUUUCAUUUUUAUUGUUUACCACCAUGUAGAGGAAGAGAGAUAAAGUACCAUCUGGGUUUUUAGUAGCACUAAAAAGUCUUGAGCUAUUUUGGCACAACCUAGCAGGAUCUCCCUGUAACACAACCCAAGUCAACACAGUUCUCCACAGUCCAGUACAACUCUUCUUCAUUGUAACCGCCUUCUGUUUUGAUGUAACUAUUUCAAAACACCCCGAAACAGCACGGCUCCCUGUCUACACAGUCCAAGGAGCUACAGAAGUACUUCAUUCCAAGCUGAUUUCAUCCUUGUGCCAAUCCAGAGCCUGGAAACAUACUUCAUCGCCAAGAAGACAGGAUCUCUGCUCUAAAAAAAGACACAUUGCUUUUGAAGCCAUCCCCUGGAACAGAGCAGAUAUCUUUGUGCAGGAGAGGAAAGUUAAGUCUUAACUCUGCAAAUAUCCAUCGAUCCAGAAAAAAAGAUGGGAAACCAGGGAAGAGAAAAAUCUCCCUAAUCCCUUCUCUCCCAGCUACAUUACUUGUCUUAAUAUGAAUUUUUCUUUUAUUGGUCUUAAGUGCUGGGUAGAGUGAGGGAAAUGUUUACAUCCCAUCAGCAUUUUUCCCAAGCUAAUUUUUAAGCACUCUGUCGUCUAGAGACUGUGAAGAAAAAAUACCAUGCAAAUUAAGAAUAAAUCCAUAGUUGCUUCAGUUUCAUUCACCUGCAAAGCACAGAAUGUGCAGAAGUGAAUAAGAACUACUGAAAUAGCAACAUAGCCAUGGAUGUCUUUACAGAAAUGAACAGAACCUGAAAGAGUUAAAAUUAACACUAACUGCUAUUGUAGGUACAGGCAUAUUGAUGCUAUUGUUCCUGCUCAUUUUUAUCAGAAUGAAUUUUAACUACAAAUUGAUUGUGUAGAUUUCAUAUGGGUGUUCAUUACAUUGCAAACCAUAAAGCUGUAGGUGUUGCUUGUAGCUGGGUUUGCAGGAUAUAAGGUGAAGGACUAGCAGCGAGAUGCAAAAGUGGACAUGUUUUCUGGACCAUUAAUAAUUGUGUAAGAGGGACUUUCAAGAGAUUAAUUGAUUAAUAUAGUCUUUACAGGUAUCGGGAAUGGGUGUCUCUCCUAGUGUUGAUAGGCUACAGCCCCCAUCGUGCUUCACCAUUGGCUACACUAGUUAGAAUUGAUAGGAAUUGCAGUACAACAUUCUUUGGAGUGGUUCACAUUGUCCACAUCUGCUUUACUCUAUGAAUGUGUCAAUCCCCCUUUAAAACAAGGGUCUCCAUCACCACAUCUUGUCGUAGCAAACUCCUACAAAUAAACUAUGUACUGCAUGAAGAAAUGCUUCUCCCUAUUUAUCCCAAAUCUUCUCCCAGUCAAAUUCAUUGGAUAACUGCAAAAUCAAGUAUUACACGAAAGGGAGAGGAAAGUUCAUCUACUUUCUCUACAUUAGGGAUGAGGAAUACGUGAUGCUCCAUGUGUUAUUUAAUUCUCUCUAUAUCUGUAACAUUUUUAUCACACUCUACAGCCAAAAAUUGGUUCAUGGAGUGAUUUACAUAAACUAUCUUGUUGAACUAUAGUUCCCAUCUUCCAUUGCCACUGGUAAUGUUGUCAGAAGCUAAUGGGAGUUGGUGUCCAUCUGAAGGUCCGAAGGGCUCCUGCCACUAAGUGCAGCUCUUAGCCCAGAGAAAUUGAGUGCAGCAGAAAAACAAUUACUAUAAUGACUAGAAUUACCAUCUGCUAUUUGAUAACUCUUUGCCUUUAACAAAAAAGGAACGCCAUAGUUGCAUGAUUUGCAUAAAUGCAUUCAUACAGCUUUUAAAAGAAAAAAGGUACAAAGGUGGCAACAACCUGUAUUACCAUCCAUGGCCUUGUAUGCUAGCUGUAACUUAAGCAUUUUGAAUAGCAUGUAAUUUCUCUGCAUAAUUUUAGUAAUUGUAACAUAAUCUGUAUGCAAAAAACCCUGCACUGUAGUUAAUAACUAGAUUCACACUGGCUAAGUUUGCAGAUGGUAUUCCCCCAUAUAAUUACUAUUCAGUGAUUGCAGAUGCAUAGUUUAGAAGUAAAAGAAAGAUACAACAUAGUGCACAUUCAGAGAACUUGGAUUUAUAUGAAAGCUACUGCAAAGCUUAAUGCAUUGAGCAGUGCCCAUCUCUAUCCUCCAGACACAUGAUGUUUAUAUUUGGCAUCAUCAUGUGGAACGGCUCUGUUUUCCUGAACUGUACCAUUCAAAUUGCAAGUAGGCAACUGCAAUACUGAAAUCUUGCACAUAUUUUUUCUUGCAUAUAAUUUAUUUCUUUAUUUAUCACAUUGAUGUCCUGUCUUUUCUCCAAUGAACUCAGAGUGGAGUACAUGACAGUUAUCCAUGUUUUUUCCUUCAUAACAACCCUGUGAGGCAAGUCAAGCAGAAAGAGAGAUAGAGAGAGAGAAUGAAUGAGACAUUCACAUGAAGUCACCUAUCACAUUUCAUAGCUCAAUGGGGACUUGAACUUGGAUCUGUUAAGUCCUGAUCUAUCACUCUAACCAUUACACCACAAGCUGGCAUGUAUGGAAGAAGUGUAAUAGACUUGAAUUGUCCAACCCUCAUGUGCCUGAACAGAACUACAGUGAUGAUAAACUUUAUAAAUGUGUAUGUAUAUAUCCCUUCAAGGUUCCUGUCAAUUUAUAGAGACCCUACGAAUUUCAUAGCAGUUUCUUAGGCAAGAAAUACUCAGAGGUUAUGUUGCUAGUUCCUUCCUCUGAAAUAUAGCCCACAGCACCUGGCAUUCAUUGGCAGACUCCCAUCCAAGUACUAACCAGGGCUGACCCUGUUUAGCUUCCAAGAUCAGAUGGAAUCUGGUGCCUUUAGGUACUGUAUUUAGACCUGCUUUAGAAAUAGAGUACCAUAAAUGCAACCACAUUAAAAACUACCAAGAGUAAGGUUACUUUUUGGAUUUGUAGUUCUGAGAUUCUGGGACAUAUGGUCCACAAGAGUAAUUUUUCCAGGCUCUGAAGCUGCCUAAGAAGUGGAUGCUCUAAACAACUGUAACUGAUCUGUCUUACUAAGUAAGUGCUGCUGUAAAUAUUUAAUAUAGUAAACAACAUGCCAGCAAAGCUGAAUAAUAGGUAGAAAUUCAACAGGCAAUUUUCUUUUUUUGUUUUGCUAACAUAGGCAUAAAACAAAGACCAUGUACCUAUUCAUUAUGCAUAAGGUCUGUCACAAAAAUGAUACUAGCAGUCUUCCAUGAACCAUUGGGAGUGAUUUUAUAACUUUAUGUAUGACAUUUUAGCCACAGCAGUAUAUGCUACAAGGCUCAUUAGCCUUGUAACGUUGUACACAUGGAUACAUACUGUAAUCAAGGGUAGCCAACUGCCAGGAGGCCACACUGGACCUCUCUAGAUCUGUGCCCUGUAUGCACCACUUAAUUUGUCCCCAUAUGCCUUAUUGACAUGUUAAAAAAUGACCACUUUUGCUACCACCAUUGCUAAUUUAGCUUCAGUGAAAACCUUGGCAGGGGCCACAAAAAGAGCUGGAUGGACCAUUAACUCCACUCACCCACUUCUGAGUGUUUAACAUGGGGGUAUAAUCUGUAAUUGAUUUACUCUCCAGUGUUAUCACUGAGACUGCAAUGUUAUGUGCACUUUGUGGGAUGAAAUCCUAAGGAACCCAUGGAAUUUAUUUCCAACUAACUGUAGAUAAGCAGGGUAUAAGAAUGCUCCAGUGUAAAUGCUUGCAGUCUUCUUGUGCUUAUGCAUGUAGUAAUUAAAAUAUUUGGGAAUGAUAACUACAGUGGUUAUCCAAGGACAAGAAGUGAAAAGUGAGUUAGUUAAAAGCUAUAGUGCAACUGCUCCAUUUUAUGGCACACUGCCUAGUAAUGUUUCCAGAUAGGACCUUUCAUAUUUUCCUUUUUACAAGAAGCUUUCUGAUCUUCCUCAUGCAUGGAACCUGCCCUACCACAUCUUGGAAACUCAGAAGACAUCAACUGAAUUGUUCCCACCUCAUUUGUCUGCCUCUCUGAUGCCAUCAUGCAUCUCAGUGACACAAUGUCUACCAUAAUGUUCUCCAGAUGAUGAUCCUGCUCCAUUUUGGGGAUGGGAAUGCUUUCUGCCUCCACCAAGAGCCAUCCAUUACAAGGAAACCCAGCAAGCAAAUGAAUCUCAGGUCUUGACACUAGAUGUAUUAUGCCAUAAUUGCUCAUUGAAAAACUCUGUCACCUUGGGAGCUAGCUUGGAGCUCAACUUUUCAAAAUGUUUUACAAGGAGAUUAUCUACCAACACAGGCAAAGGACUUUUGCCAGCAAAAGCAAGAUGAUGAGGUCCCUUGUUGUCUUGAAACAGUUGGACCACAGGGUCUUUUUCAUUCUGAUUUUUUUUUUGAGAUACUCUUGGCUUGCUCCCUGAGUAUGUUUUGCAGAGGAAAAACUCUCAUGAGUGUGGCACCUAUUUCCUCACCCACCCCCUGAAGUGUCUACCAGUUGCUAUAUCAGAAGAUGACUAAAUUGGCUUGUGAUUUUUCACAUGCUAGGCACUUUGUUGCUUCCUCUCUGUGGACAGUUCCACUCUCCACUAGAGAUGGGACUGUCUUAUGUUGGCCCUUCCAGAACAAAACCAAACAGUCUCACCAUCUUUGCCACUUAGAGGUGAUGGUGGGGAUUUCUUUCAUUAUUGUAUGAUUAAUAUUAAGAGACUGCCUCUGAAUUCCAUCUUCUGAAACUGGAGUCCCGGGCCUUAUCGUGAACUGAACAAAAUGUGGGAAUAAUACAAAAGCAUUUUGUGAUACUGGAUCUGUUUUACAAUGUCUGAUGAGACUUUGGUAACCUUGGUAAAUCCAGUGGCUAUAGACUGCCAAAUUUUGGGUUUUCAACUGUGCAUAAAAUGGAUUGUUUACAGAACACUGCCUGUGCUUCUCUUCAAAGUGGGUGUUCUCUUUUCUCUCUCACCUUAUAUAAGAGCUUUCUGGCUGCAAUCCGGUAUACUGUUGUCAGAAGAAAGUUCUCUCAUCUUGAUUUUAUCUGUAAUAAAGUACAAGAGACUUCUUAUUUA